CAAUGAGAAUCAGCGCACUCAUCCAAGCCCUGUUGAUAUUCACGGCUUCCUACAUAUGUCUGUCGCAACCGGCCAUACUUACAGACGGCGAGGAUGUCGACGAUUACGAUGAUCUAGACAGAGGUGUGGACCUCGAUAAACGAAUAAGCAAAUUCGUCCGCAUAGGAAAGGCCUUGAAUUCAUUCGUUCGCAUCGGUAGGGAUAAUCCGCAGAGCGAUUUGUUCAAUUACUAUUCCAGAAAUGGUGCCUAUAAUGACAUUUAUCCAAUCAUCAAUCCAGACGAUUUUCGUGAUAAUCAGAAACGUAUGAGCUCCUUUGUACGAAUUGGCAAAAGCAAAAUUCCGGAAUUCGAAGACGAAGAUUCUUAUGGCGCCGAUAUUGAAAAGCGCGCAGGUGCGUUUAUUCGAAUGGGCAAGUUUCCCUCGUCGGCGUUCAUUGAACGUCUAGAGGAUCGCAUGAACAGUUUCGGGCAUCAGCCGUACUACACACGAACAGGACGUAUUGGGCACUCGUCCUUUAUCAGGAUAGGAAAGCGGGAUACUUCAGACGCCCUGAGGAAGGCACACACUGAACAAGAUGUAGAGAAGGCAAAUGAAGGACCGCAUAGACUUGGCGAUGGUGUUGAAGGAAAGGAUAUCAUUCCGAGGUACCUGCGCAUAGGUAAAGAUCUGGACGAUGUUGAUGGUGACAUGCAAACACAGAAGCGACUUAGUAACUUCGUUCGUAUAGGGCGUGACUAUGGAGGACGAAAUUCUAACACGGGAAUCUUCAACUCCAAAAGGCCAAGCUCGUUCGUUAGAAUAGGUCGACAGCCAGAGGAAUUUGAUAAACGCUACAGCUCCUUCGUCCGCAUUGGUAGAAACUUCCCAUUUAUCCAGUCAGACGAUGGGGCAAACCAGUUUGAAAACGUGGAUAAUCUUUUCAAACGAGCGAGUUCGUUUGUUCGAAUCGGCAGAAACAAUCUACUUGAAAAUCCAGAAAAGCGAUACAGCUCUUUUGUACGAAUCGGUAAAAGCGAUCGUGUGGAGGACCAGGAAAAAAGGGCUAGUUCCUUUGUGCGAAUAGGAAAGAGUGGACAAGUUGCCCUCGAUGAUGACACCACCAACGACCUUGUGAAACGUGCAAGUUCGUUUGUUCGAAUUGGCAGGGAUGUAGAUGACGGCACCGAUUCUGAAGAGCAAGCUCAACCGUCCAAACGUGCGAGUUCUUUCGUCCGUAUCGGGAAAUCCACUGUCGAUACUAAGGGAAUAAACAGUGAAAGCGACCGUGCAUUUAAGAUGUAAUUCGAUUUUACUUUUAGCUUACCGUAUAUAUUUAUUGCUUUACUCCCACCGUGAGCAAAUUCGCACAAUACUCACAAACAUAGUUUAUGCAAUAUUAAUUUUAAUAAAAAGCAAUUUUACUGUGAAAUUUGAAAUAAUAUAUUUUCUAUAAAGAUCGGUUGAUUAAUAUUGAAACACACAUAUGAUUGUUAACUUGAAUAUGUUUUGUCAAUAAAAGAAUAUCUGGAA